AUGGCUGGAAAUAAGAAUGAGGACACCAGUACCAAUUGUGCGGCCGGUAAUUCUUCGGGUGGCGGCGGCACCACCAGCAGCAGCGGCGACACCAAAUCGAAGGCCACCAACCCUUUCUUCAUCUUCCUGCACGAGUUUCGACAAAAUUUAGCCAAACGUGGCGCCAUCAAACAAAUGACAGCCAAACAGAUUGCCUGCGCAGCCGGCUCACGUUGGCGUCAAAUGUCCCCUGAUGAGAAGCUCACCUAUGUGGUGUGGGCGCGCAAGAAUCAGCAACAGUUGGAUCCGCGCUUGCGUUUGGCCUCAUCUAAGUCGCAACAACAACAACAUCAUCACGGUAGCAGCAAGAGUGGUGAGGGGAAGAGCAAACGUGAUGGCGGUGGCACAUAUCGGGGUGGUGUAACACGCCCGAGGCGAGGCAGCAUGAAGAAACGUCGUCCAAGUUAUAUCAAAUAA